AUGCAAGAAAUAUUACCACCAGCUAAUGGUAAGAAGUUGUGGAGAGUGAAGAGAUUAAUAUCAUCCGAUGUUACUUCUACAUCUAAUGCUGCUACUACACAUGCUAUAGAUAGCUCAGUUGAAUGCUUGAAUAAUUCUCUUAGAAUAUCUGCUGCUGGCAACAGACUCACUACUAAGAGACCACCAUUGAGAAGACCAAAGAAUAAACCAGGAAAGCCAAAGGACUUUGUAUUUGUUGAUUUAUCACCGGUUAAGACUGAUGAAUCAGAAGAUGAAGCACACCAUUCACCAAUCUUUGAUGGUAACAAUCAAUUACCUUCUCCAUCCCAAUCUUCAAUUGAUGAUUGUUCUUCUCAAAAUUCGUCUAUAUUUGAAAUUCCUCAAUUAAAUGAAUCAUUCUCGUCAUUAUCUACUGCUGCUGACGAUAUUUCAAUAUUCUCUGGUGCUUUUGAUACCAGUUCGAUUUUAAGUUCGGUUAGUUCGCAAUCGGGAUCUUAUAUGCAGGUUACCCCACAACGUCAAAAUUCCGAGCAGCCACUCUUAGGUUUAGCCAUUGCAAAUUCUGGAAUUUCAAAUUGGGACCAAACUCAGAAUUUCAAUAGUUACCCUCAACCACAACCAUCAGUUACACCAGCUGCUCCAAAUAUGAUGAUUACUCAACAACUCUUUGGAUACCAACAAGCCAUGUUACAACAAUACCAACAAAUUCAAUUAUUGCAACAACAGUUGCAACAUCAAGCUAAUGAAAUACAGAAGCAACAACAACAAGUUCAACAAGUUCAGAAAGCCCAACAAGCUCAACAAGUUGUACAACAUCAGAUUACAGACAAUAUACCCGAAGUCUCACAUCCAAUUGUACACAAGAGAUCUAAAUCUGCUUUUGAAACUUCAACCAAAAGGAGGAGUAGUGGUCAAUUCCAAUUCAAAACUUAUACUGGUCCAAAGCAUAGACAUUCUAUUUCUGACACUUCCAGUAUAAAGAAACAAAGAAGAACUGCAAAAUCAGGCAGUGCACCAAGUUCACCAAAUCAAAAGCUUCAAGAACAGCUUAAUUCCUUAAUUAAACCAGUUGGUUUAGAAGACUUUUUGAUGCUCAAUGAUCAAAUGUCUCUUCCAUUAGGAAGUCAAGUUUCCGAGAGUUCCUCAAUAGAUUCUACUAAUGAUGGUGAUUACGAAACUUUUACACCUAUAUCUGAUUAUUCUGAUGAAGAUGAUCACUUAUACAAUAGCAAACCAAAAGAUAUUGAUUCAAACUUAUUAAAUUCUUGUGGGAUUGAUCAAUUUUUGUUCGCCAAACCUGAUGAAUUUGAGUUUGCUAACUUUGUCUCGAUGUAAGAUUAUGAAUUUCACCUCAUGUACAUUAGGGUUCUUUUGGUUUUAUUUGUUUACAGUUUAUUCCUAUUUCGAUAUCCAUUGGACUUCAUUUAUUUAAUUUCUACACGUUUUAAUUUCAUUAGUUUCGGUUGUACACUAGCUUAUAAUGAUACCCUUUAG